GAAUUGUUACUUAGGGCCACAGAAACGUUAGUUAGGGCCACAGAAUUGUUACUCAGGGACAGACACAGAAUUGUUACUGAGGGCCACAGAACUGUUACUUAGGGCCACAGAAACGUUAGUUAGGGCCACAGAAUUGUUACUCAGGGACAGACACAGAAUUGUUACUGAGGGCCACAGAAAUGUUACUUAGGGCCACAGAAACGUUACUCAGGGACACAGAAUUGUUACUGAGGGCCACAGAAUUGUUACUGAGGGCCACAGAACUGUUACUUAGGGCCACAGAAACAAAACCGUUACUUAGGGCCACAGAAUUGUUACUCAGGGCCACAGAAUUGUUACUGAGGGCCACAGAAACGUUACUUAGGGCCACAGAAUUGUUACUCAGGGACAGACAGAAUUGUUGUACUGAGGGC